AUGAAUGAUGAGGAGCUUAAAGAAUUUGGGUGGUAUAAAAAUGCACCCAAACAGGGGUUCAACUCCCGCAAAGCUAAGGCUAGCACUUAUAAAUCUCUUAAGAAGAAUGCACAAAAAGAUGUUGGUAUAAAUGCACAACAUAUUAAAGGCAGUAACUCGUGGGCUAUAUCUGGAAAGCACACCAAAUCAAGAAAAGCAAUCUUGGCAAAUGACCCUCAUCUUUCAAAUGGAAUCCCAUCGUUUUGGCAUGCGAGUAAGAUUGAAUAUGAAGAUGGUACUUAUGUUGUGGGAAGUGCAACUCCAGGAAUUCCCGCUCAUGGAUCUUUCUCAACCGAUAAGAUUUCAGUCGGAAUAACUACCGUCCAUGUUGAUAAUUCAGAUAUCUAUGAAGAGGAAAUUAGAGGAGAUUCUUAUCUGUUUAAAGGCAAAUUGCUCCCUCUUGAAACUAGAGAAGAGGUCAUUAAAAUUAAAGGAAAACAGCCAAUCAAAUAUCAAGUAAAAUCAACUCAUCAUGGGCCAUUACUCGAUGACUAUGCCCUUGCUUUGUCUAAUCUCAGAACAUCACUCCCACCUGAGUUACCUAAAGGUAACUUCUCUUUAGCCUGGAUUGGGUUAGACCCCCAUGAAGAUACUAGCUUCCAUACCUUUUUAAAUAUUUUAAAGGCUAAUGAUGUGUUUGAAAUCACUGAGCUCCUUGUGGGAGUUAAGAGAAAAGAAACUAAAACAAAGAAGGAAGAUAUCAUAGUCCCCAAAGGAUUUACCCAGAACAUCAUGUACGCUGAUCACAAAGGCAAUAUUGGGUAUACUAUGAGUGGAAGUUUGGUUAAAAGGAAAAAUAGAGGAUUUGGUACCCAUAUUUCCAAAGGCUCAACAGGAGAGAAUGAAUGGAUUGGUACUAUCCCUCCAAAUCAGCGGCCAUAUAUUAUCAAUCCUAAGAAAGGAUAUUUGGUUGCUGCUAAUGGUCCUACAUCCUCUCUAAACAUUAACUCACAAGCUGUAACUUAUAUGGGGCUCCAACCAAGAGCUACAAGGAUUGACCAGCUUGUUUCUGAGUUAGUGCAGAAAAAGAGCGGAAAAAUUACAGCAAAUGAUAUGAUGGAGGUCAUGAAGGACACUAAGGAUAUUGUAGCAGAGAAAAAUGUCAAGUACCUCAUAAAGAUGUCUGAGAAGUACAUCAAAACUCUGAAGGAUAAGUCACUGGAACACAAGAUAGUGCUUGAAAUCAUUAAGAAGCUAAAAACUUGGCAAGGAAAUUUUGGUGUCGAUUCAGUCGAGCCUUCGUAUUAUGCAGUGUGGACAAGAAGAGUAAUGAAGAAUUUCUUACCAGAGGAAAUGAUCAUUGAUGAGACAUUCAAGAUUGAUAUCCUUAAUAAGGCUAAUUCACGCUUGACUCUGUUCAGAGAUAUCCUAAACAACUCGACGAAAGAAGAGAAAUACUGCACUAGAUAUGAAAACAAGACAGUUUCUUCAUGUGGAGAGCUGUUCUACCUCUCUUUGAGAGACACUGCAAAGGAGUUUACUCAGAAAGGAAAGCUUAGAGAGAUCCAAUGGGGUCAAAUCCAUCGUGCAAUGUAUUCCUAUGGCCCAUUUAGUAAAUCUGAAAUGCUUCAAAAGCUCGGAUUUGGGACAAGAUAUACUUCUGUAGGAGGUUCUGAGGAUACAGUCCAUGUACACUGCUUCGAUUUGAGCGAUCCCUUCUUCAACUCUGGAAGAUCAGCUAAUUCAAAACUCGUCGUAGAUCAUGGAGAAGGGACAUAUCUAUCAAUUGACACAGGUAUCAGUGAGAAUAUCUUCAGUGGGCAUAACUUUGACUUAAACGAGAGACACACUAACACUGAUCUAAUCUUGAUGAAGUCUCUAAAAGAAGUAAUGGCAAGUGCAGAUAAAGAAGCAGAUAUCAAAAUCAAUGCAUAAGCCAUUAAAAUAUCCAAUUAGUCAAUAAUG